ACUUGUUCUUUGGCAGUGCCAUCUUUCAUAGUUUUAGUUCAUUAGUCCUUGUUGAUGUAAAAUAGUAAAUUGUUUGAAGUUCUGUAACAGUGUCGAAAAACAAUAUUAGUUGCUACUAAUUUGUAUGAAUGGCAUAAUUAAUUACCAAUAUGGUGCUUGUGCAGAGUUUAUGUUAAAAAUGCCAAAUUUAUUUCGGUAUUUGACAUGACGGCAUGAAAUGAAGUGCUGGUUUUACAUGAUCUGUUAAAUAUAACCUUGUCUCUAAUUAUACUUGUAAGACGUAGACCCAACGAAAUGUUAACCAAUUGAAAAAUCCUUUCAGUUGACGAAACUCCAUGACUUGACAGUGAAAUUAAUUGUACUGUAGAAAUCGCUGAAUUUCAAUGAUGAGUGGGACCAUGGAGUACCCAGCCACCACUGCCCAGGUUUUGAUGAAGAAGGGCAAAAGAGGGGCUGCCGCGUACGUUCACGCGGACUGCGCCAACUCUGGCUCGAGCCAACAUCUAAAUGAUCUAUUGAAUUUAAUUCUAAAUCCUUGCAAAAUGUUUGACUGGGAGACAAUAGACUGGUGCAAGUGGCUGAUUGCAGGCGGAAGAACACCGGACGAAUUCGAAAGCAUAGUCCUCCGGUACGACAACGCCACCACGUGCGGCCUGGUGUGGACGGCCAACUUCGUGGCGUACCGGUGCCGGACGUGCGGCAUCUCGCCGUGCAUGUCGCUGUGCGCGCACUGCUUCCAGAACGGCAACCACGACGGCCACGACUUCAACAUGUUCCGCAGCCAGGCGGGCGGGGCCUGCGACUGUGGGGACACCAACGUCAUGAAGGAGACGGGGUUUUGUGACCGCCACGGGCCGAAGGCUCAGGUGAACAAGCCCUCAGCUCCCGCAGACUUGAUGUGCGUGGCCUCAGUCGUGAUGCCGCGGCUGAUGCUGAGACUCAUCCAGCACCUCCGGGAAAACAGUAAGUCCGGAGUCCCGGAAGUGUACCUGCUCGCGAUCCAGGACGCGGACGCCUUCCUGAGCAUGUUGAACGACUUCAGCGCGAUGGGGGCAGCCAUGAGGAAAGUGAUGACCGCGUCCUUCACCAACCCCCAGGUUUACAGGAACUUGACGGAGAUUCCUCCAGAAGGUACAGACUAUUAUCGAUACAUGGUUGAAGGGAAAAGCACGUACGAAGAGGCUCUAAAAUCUCUUCCUAGUCCAGAACCUCCAGAUGAGUAUAAAGACUGCCCGGCGCUGCAGGAGCAGCUCGUGCACCGCACGUUCCUCGACGAGCUGGUCUUCUGGACCGUGAAGUUCGAGUUCCCUCAGAAGAUGGUCUGCCUGCUGCUGAACAUGCUGCCGGAUCCCGAUUACAAGGAGGCGCUGACGCAGGCGUUCGUGCUGCACUACAGCCGCAUCUCGAUGAUGCUGGAGCGCUCGCACGACCCCGACACGCUCUCGAACCGCGUGGUGCACGUCAGCGUGCAGCUCUUCUCCAACGAGAGCCUGGCGCUGCGCAUGGCCGUCAGCUGCAACCUGCUGCACGUCAUGGUCAUCAGCCUCAAGUACAUGAUGAGCAAGAUCCUGGUGCAGAACACGCUGCAUGACGUGGACAAAAACUACCACUACGUGGUGGACUGCGGGCGGCAGGUGAUGAAGGAGCACUGCUAUUGGCCGGUCGUCUCCGACCUCAACAACCUGUUGUCGCACAAGCCGGUCGCCAUCAAGUUCAUGAGCGACGACAACCUGCUCGAGAUGUGGUUCGCCUUUCUCUCCAUGUUCCAAGGGAUGAACGUGAACCAGCGGGAGCUGACGCAGCACGUGGAGUUCGAGCCCAACACGUACUACGCUGCGUUCUCGGCGGAGCUGGAGGCGAGCGCGUACCCCAUGUGGGGGCUGGUGUCGCACCUCACGUCGGGGGCCACCGUGGACCUGACCCGCCGCGUGCUGGCCAGCUGCCUGGCCGCCCUGCAGGAGUGGCUGGACGCCAUCAACUUCACCAGCCCCAGCAUCGACGACAGCCUGCAGGUGUCGUUCCACCUGCCGCUGCACCGCUACCUGGCGGUGUUCAUGUGCCAGGCCAUCAAGCUGCAGGGGCUGAGCCUGCGCGACGUGCUGCCGCCCCGCGACCUGCUGGCCCUCGUCAUGAUGCACCCCCUGCGCGUGCAGGUGGCGUUCUACGAGAUCCUGAGCGGCAUGUGGGUGCGCAACGGACUGCAGAUCAAGGGCCAAGCCAUGACGUACAUCCAGUGCAACUUCUGCAACUCGCUGGCGGACGCCGACCUGUACCUGCUGCAGGUGUGCGCCACGCAGGUGCCGCCUGAGAAGUUCCUCACCACUGUGCUCGAGAAGUUCCACAUAAUGGACUGGAUGAGCCUGGCGUCGUACUCGGGCCGGUGCUCGUACCUGGACGGGGAGUACGACUCGCCCAUGCUGGAGAGCUGCCUCACCUUCCUGGCCACGCUCAUGAGCGUCCGCACCAACCUGGGCGAGAGCGACGCCUCGCUGUCGAGGCUGGAGAUGGUGACCUUGCUCUGCAUGGGGGACAAGACCCACAGCCAGCUGAUCGAGAUGAUGCCUGAGCGGUGUGGCACGGCCCAGAGCCGCGACUUUGAGGCUGUGCUGUCCGAGGUGGCGAACUACCGCGCUCCCAACCUGGAGGCGAGCGGCAACAUGCAGCAGGGCAUGUACAUGCCCAAGCCGAAGGUCUGGGAGGAGAUGUACGACCCCAUCCACGUGCUGUUGCGCGCCGUGCACCGCCGAGACUUCCAGACCUCCAUGGACCGCUUCGCCGAGCACGUGCAGCAGUCGGGCAAGAUGCGCGGCAACGGCACGCCCUGGCCGCCGUUCCGCGCGCCCGCGCCCUGCCACUCGGCGUACGAGGACCCGCGCAAGGUGCUGCGCUCGCGCGUCUUCCACGCCGCGGUGUUCGUGGUGCUGCACAAGGCGGUGCACGGCCACAGCGUGUCGGAGCACGUGCUGGCGCUGCUGCUGUACCUGCUGGAGAUGGCCGUCGCCACGGCCGACCAGCUAGACCCCACCCAGGUGUGCAAGUCUUCGCAGUUUGAGUCCAGAGAAAUCAAGGACAAAGAUCUAACCACGUGGUACAAGUCGGAUUGGCUGUCUGAUAAUCUGCGCACGGUCAUCAACGUUGUGAAGAUAGACUUCGAUCCUGCGGCCUUGUACAACAGUUCCGACAGCGAGGGGGAGUGGGAGAUGGACGGCCCCCUGCGGCCCGAGGCGGGCAGCAUGCUGAUGCUGGAGCAGGGCGAGGGCCCCGGCCCGGGCCCCGUGCUGGCCCUGGAGGCGGCCGGCGGCGGGGAGCAGCACGCCAUGGUGCUGCAGGAGCAGGAGAUAUUGGCCCUGGACGUGCUCACCAGCAUGGCCACCGCCGAAGGCCCAGCGACGACCCAGCCGGCCCUGCCGAUGGCGUCCCCGUACCAGGCUCCCCCGCCUGCGUCCGAGGGCUACGAGAUCGUCCUGGCCGAGUCCGUGCCAGGCCCCAGCACCAGCCAGGCCGGCCUGCCCGCGCUGCCGCCCUCCGCCCCCUCCUCCUCCACCGUCAUGGUCCCGGUCGGCGGCGGCAUGGCGGUGUCCCUGGCCCGCAAGAAGGAGGUGGUGCCCUCGGUGUCGGCCCCGCCGCGCAAGCUCCACGCCCGGCGCCAGGUCACGAGCGGGGGAGCGGCCUCCGAGCCGGACAAGGUGGAGGUGAACGAGAGCAUCAUAUCGCUGCUGCUGAAGCUGCACUCGCACCUGUCGGGCGUCCCCGACAGCUACGUGCCGUUCGACCUGGACGCGGGCGCGGGCCCCGCGGACUGCCACUCCGACUCGAGGAUAGGCGACGGCCAGUACUUCGUGGCCCGGCUGCUGCAGAGGGUGGCGAGCCUGGACUCCCUGUGCCGGGAUAACAUCAUAGAAACAAGAAACAGCCUUUGGCCUCGGAAGCAGGAGGAAUCGGAGGAGAAGCAGAAAGAACGGGAAGAGAAGGAGAGAGAGGACAGGAGGAGAAGGGCGAGAGAAAGGCAAGAGAAGUUGAUGGCAGAGUUUGCGACCAAACAGAAGCAGUUCUGGGAGAAGGCGAUGGAGACAGACGAGGAGGGGCUGUCGACCAUGGACUGGAACGAGGAGGAGGGCUCCACGCUGACGGUCAGCAAGAAGGAGUACGACUGCGUGAUCUGCAACCAGACGACGCCCAGCACGGAGGACAGGCCCAUGGGGCUGGUGGUUCUAGUCCAGUCGACGAGCGUGCUGGCUCACAAGCGGAGGAGCCCGGAGCCCGCGGACCUGCCGGUCAGCGACGAGCGCUCGGGCCCCAGGGAGGACAACCUGGGGGCCGUCAUGGACCAGCGCAUGGAGGAGAUGACCCGCUACUUCGACAGCGCGUCGUGCGUGGUGUCGGUGAACCUGGGCUGGGACGGCGGCGUGCACCUGCAGACGUGCGGCCACCACCUGCACCUCGACUGCCAGAAGUCCUACCUGCUGUCCCUGCGCAGCCAGCAGAGGCAGCAGAGCCUCGCCGUGGACAGGGGGGAGUACUGGUGCCCGCUGUGCCGCCAGCUGGCCAACUCGGUGCUGCCGCUGUCCCCGCAGCUGGGCGAGUGCUCGGCCGUGGUGCGCUCGCGGCCCGUCGGCCUCGUGGCCAUCGUCAGCGAGCUCACCAGUUUCCUCAAGGAGCUGCAUCCCGACGCCGCGGCGGCGUCCAACCUGAAGCAGGCGAUGGCGAAGGCGAUGGAGGACAUGACCAAGUCCAUGCACAAGAAGCUCCACCAGAACAGCUUCCUGCCCACGCACCACGGCCUCUUCCAGUUCGUGAGCUCGAUCGCGCGCACAAACCUGGAGGUGGAGCUGGUGCAGCGCGGCGGCUCGCUGUGCGCCCGCGCGCCGGCAUCCGCGCCCGAAGGCACAGCUGCGCUCGCGCCCGACGGGACGCCCGCCUCGCUCACGCCCAAGCGCUCCUGCAUCGUGCCGCUGCUGCACGUGCUGGCGAUGCACAGCCGCACGCUGGCGCAGUGGCCGGUGUGGCGCACCUGGCAGGACGUGGCGGGCGUGCUCGAGCCGGGGGGCCCCCCCUACGCCCUGGCGCCCGUCGAGAAGGAGGUGCCCGUCCUGCUGCGAGACCCGUCCGCCCUGCUGGUGCAGUUCCUGCUGGUGCUGCCGCUGCACCUCGACCAGACGUACUUCUCGGGCGUGGUGAAGGUGCUGUACAACCUGCUGUACGUGCAAGUGGUGGCGCAGCUGAGCUGCCGCGCGGCGGCAUCGGAGCGCGCCCGCUGGCGGGCCGGCGCGGCGGGGGCCACGUCCCUGGAGGCGGCGCUCAGCCUCGUGGUGCAGCAGCUGGACCACAGCCAGAUCUACCUGCAGCGCGACGCCGCGCCCUCCGGCCCCCAGCAGCUCGAGCAGGAGGUGCAGCAGCUGUGCCUGCCGUUCCUGCGGUUGGCAGCCCUGCUGCGGCACCACCUGUACGACCAGCCCCUGCCCGAGGCGACGUCGCCGCGCUCAGAGUUCGUGCGCCUCGUCUACUACCUGGAGCUGGUGACGGAGGGCAUGGACUGGGGGCGCUUCAACGCGGCCGUGGGGCUGAGCUGGGCGGGCGACGGCGCGGCGCUGGCGCGGGGCUGGUGCGGCCAGCUGGCGGCCUUCGCGCGCCAGCACCAGAACCCCGCCUGCUCUCUGCUGGAGGACCACCACGUGUCCUGGCACCAGCCGCGCCUCAUGCGCCUGCCCCAGGACUACGACAAGAUAUUCCAGUAUUACCACAGGCGGCAGUGCGGGCAGUGCAACCUGGUGCCCCGGGAGGCCAGCGUGUGCUUGCUGUGCGGCACGCUCGUGUGCCUCAAGGAGACGUGCUGCAAGCACAACGCUUGCGAAGCCGUGCAGCACUCGAUCGACUGCGGCGGGGGAACGGCCAUGUACCUGGUGGUCACGUCCUCCUACAUCAUAGUCAUCCGGGGCAAGCGGGCCUGCCUGUGGGGCUCCGUCUACCUGGACAGCUUCGGGGAGGAGGACCGGGAGCUCAAGCGGGGCAAGCCUCUGUACCUGAGCGCCGGUCGCUACCAGCUGCUGGAGCAGCAGUGGCUGGCCCACAGGUUCGACCACACGAACAAGAAGUGGGUGUGGCAUCGCGACGCGCUGUGAGACGCCCCUCCCGCGACCGCCUGUACAUACACCGUGUGGAUACGUCUCUCAUUAAUCCUUCUUGUACAUUUUUCCUUAUUAAAUUCCUGCUCUCACAAAAAAAACAUGAAUUUCUAGUAAUUUAGUUGUCUUGAGUGUACGAGUGCUUUGUUUUUACGGACGAUGAGUGCUAUUCCGCAGUGCAGUCGAUCGUCUGCGUAGUCUCCUAUAUUAUUUUGUUAUUUUUUAAAAUUCUUUAAUGUUAGGCAUCCGUUUUGCGUUUCCAUUUUAAUUCUGGCAUUGUUUUCAUUCAUGUGUUUAACAUUGCUGUGUUUAUAAACUAAAUUUAAUGCAAAGUCUGUUAGCUUGAGAACAGAGCUUGGUUUAAUCCAUAUCGUAACCAAAAGUAUGCAUAGUGGGAAGACUGUGAAUCUGUUCUGCUGGUAAGCAUUUGCAGGAAUGCUAAGGUAUGAAGUAGCUUGGCUUCUGGGUUGUAGCCGUGUCCUUGGUGAUAAAUUCACAGACGUUUCGGUCGACAUGGCGACUGCAAUGUCGACCAAAACGUCUGUGAAUUUAUCGCCAAGGACACUGCUACAAUCCAGAAGCCAAGCUACUUCAGACAAUGGCCAUAAGAGCCUGCGAAAAUUAUUAAAUGCUAAGGUAUUAUGUAUAAUUGUGAUGUCACUGUUCUGUACUAGCCAUAGGUUUCCUGCACAUUGUCCGUAUCAUCGUUUAUGUUGUGAUGGAACAUUACAACAGUUUACAUUUAAAACUUUUAUUUUUUUGUGCAAUAGCAACUGUUUCUGUGAUAAUUUUUGCAUGUUUGCAUUUUGACGUUUACUAUGCGAUAACCAGUUGUCAGUGCCGCGGAACACAGUGUUGUUUUCUGUAUACAAUUUUGAAGAGUUUUUUUGAUUUGACACCAGCUUAGACUUUUAAAAAGAGUUAUACAUUUUUAGAAUCGGAAAUGUACUUCCUCGUUGUUAUUGUUUCGCAUUAAACGUCUGUGAGUAUUGAAGGUGAUUUAGUUUAUUAGUAUAUUUCAGAUAUUACGAAUCAACAGAAACUUUUAAGUAUGCAGUUAAGUAAAAAAAAAAUGCUAGUGCUUCUCAAUUCUUGACUUGAAAGCUGGUGGUUAGCUAAAAUGUACAUUUAAUUUUUUGUAUGCUACUUCAGUAUGUUUUUUUUAAUGGUCACUUGAUGUUUAAGGGGCAUAUCUACCUGGGACCCCAGCCAUGCGCUGAGAAAGGAUUUUGUAUGUAAAAUACUUUUAAGGCGGUUGAAUUGGAUUCAGCGCGUGGCUGAGUCCACAAGUAGACGGAACCAUUAACCUCGGUCAGUUAAGUGUCUCCCGUUAGCAUACACAUCAGGUUGUAAAAAUGUGUAUUCAACCACAAUGAAAUGUAUAUACUGUCUCCUUGAGUUUCCAGAUGUGUGUAUAUGCCAUGCAUAUUUCAGAUCUAGCGUUCAAUUUAUUGAUGUGGUAUUUACACUACCUAUUUCAUUGAAUUUUUUAUUUUAAAAUUGAAGCAAGCAGUUUUUUUUUUUGUGAUAUGUAUUGGUUGGAGAAGUAUCAUUGUAUAUUCUUAGGGUUAAAAAAAGUUUAAGGACUUUUUACGCGGAACAUUUUUAAUAUGUGAUUACUGUUUUUUUUUCCAUCCUGUUUUCAUAUCCACAUGCGUCGAGGAACUGUUGUCGCACGUGUAGUUGAAUGGCAAGCUAUUGUAUAUUUUUGAGCUGAGUUGUUGACUUUGAAGAUAGCCGAGGAUGAUUGCUGGGCUGUUGAUAUCAUUAAAAGUAAUUAAAAAAUGUG